AUGGUUGCUCCAAGACCACUCCUGCUCAUCUGCGAUGUUCAAGAACGUUUCAGAUCCGCUAUAUUUGGAUUCGAUCAAAUGACUGGAACCAUCCAGAAAAUGCUGAAAGUUGCAAAAAUAUUGGAAAUCCCAACGCUGGCUACGGAACAGAAUCCUAAAGCUCUUGGGUCUACAAUAACAGAGUUAAAUAACCUCUUCGAUCCAUCGAGACAUCUAGGUACAUUUUCAAAAACGACUUUCUCGAUGGUCACCUAUGACGAUACCUUACCUGUCUUGGAAAAGCACGGUCAUGAAGCGUAUAUAAUCACAGGAAUAGAGUCUCACGUAUGCGUCCUUCAGACUGCACUUCAUCUCCGUCGAUUACCCACCGAACCGGAAGUAUAUGUCCUAGCAGAUGGUAUAUCAUCAUGUAACAAACCUGAAAUAUCAAUAGCGUUGAAGAGGAUGGAAGUGGCAGGUGUUAAAGUGACUACCAGUGAAAGUCUCAUAUUUGAGCUUUUAUGCGACGCGAAUCACUCAAAGUUCAAACAAAUCGCUUCUCUGAUCAAAAACGAAAAGUCAAAUACGGCAGAGGCUCUGAAGACUUUAUGCGUUGAAUAA